AUGAAAAAUUAUUAUCCAAUUCAAUUAUUCUUUGUAAGUAGUAUUAUAUUGACAGUUGUACUUACAAUAAGAUGUACUUUUUCAGCCUUAUUUAUUUGUUUGAUUUUGAAUAUUUUAGAAUGCUUAGCAUCCCUCAUUUUUAUCAAGAAGCAUACAACCUUUGUGAUUGUCAUCCAUAAACUAUCAAAUAUAGCACUAAUAACAUCAUUUUUCUUUUAACGCACUUUUUAUGAUUGCACUACUUUAAUACUUUACAUCAUAUCUGAUACUCAACCCAUUUUAGCCCUCAUUGAAAAAAAAUAGUUUUUCUUAAAUUUCUAAUAUGCUGUCAUAUUUUACGCUAGCGUAAGUGCAACGUUAAAUAAACAAUUAAAUGAUCAACUAUUUUUGAUUAUGACAAUGUUUGUAUAUUUCAUAUCCUCAGCCCCAUAAUAAAUAUUUUGGUCAAUCGCUGAAAAAAUUACAAAUAAGAGCUCAAUUUAGUUAUAGCAAUCACAAAUAUAAAAUCGAUAACUAUAAAAUCAAUUGAAUUAAUUAUAGCUCUAGUCAUCACAUAAAGAAAUGAAGGAGUUUAUUGAUUUAGAUCAACCAAAUUCAGGUAAAAUGGAUUCAUUUCUUGACAAUCAUGAAUUGCCGUUUAAAAAAUCCAAUAUUUCUAUCUAAUUGUCUUCAGGAAGACCACUAAAGCAGUCAGAACAAAUAUCCAUAGAAAUUUGUCAUUAAUCUUAACUUUAAGAUAAGAUUUGGAAACAAAGAUUAAAAAGUAUACCAGUUGGAAUCGCAUUAAUUGAUAAAAAUACCAACGAUUUCACUUAUAAAAAUUAGUAUCUAGAUCAAAUGAUGACCAAAACUCUUCAGAUAGAACUCGAUGAUUACCCAGCAUAUUUAUUAAAUCAAUUGAAAUUUAAAAUCAUUGAUUAAGGAUCUGAAUACAAAAGAAGCUAUUACUCACACUACUUUAGUAUGAAGCAAAGCAAGGCCAAUAUUCAAGUCGAAUUCCCAGGAAGGACUCUAACAUAAUCUUACCAUACACACAAAAAAAAAGGUUCAGAAUCUUCAAAAAACAUAAGCGAAUUUGAAAUUCAUCACCCAUAAAAGGUAUAUUCACUUAAUCAAAUAAUCAAUAAACUGUAAGAUGGAUUCUUUGAUAAUUAAUUGAAUGACCAGGAUCACACUCUAGAACUAUAUUGUAAAUAUUAAUUGAAUGUUAAUAACGUUAUUCAUUUGAAUCUUAAGGUACUCUAUAGUCCUGAUCAAGUUGAAAUGACAGUUAUCAUUUAGGAUUACACAAGAUAAAAUAAGUUAUAAAGAUUUGAAGAGUAAGAAGAAUUCAAAUCUAAAAUGAUCAGUUCAUUUAGUCACGAAUUACGUACUCCAUUAAACAGUGCCACACUAUUCUUUAAAUCAGCUUUACUUGAUAAUAGAUUAGAUAAACACAUUCGAGAUGCUUACAUAUUACCAGGACUAUCAUCACUAACCAGACAAUCCCAUCUUGUUAAUGAUAUUAUAGACUUUUCAUAAAUUAAUGCUGAAAUAUUGGAAUUGCAAUAUUCUGAGUUCUAUUUGAAAGAAUUAACUUAAGAAUUAACAUAAUUAUUCAAAUUUGAAUUCAAAGCCAAAAAAAUUGGAUUAGCCUUUAAAGUAGAUUACAAUAUUCCACCUACAAUCAAAUCUGAUUAUCAAAGAUUACUUUAAAUAUUAGUUAAUCUGCUUUAUAAUGCAUUAAAAUAUUCACAACACGGGUAUGUUUUGGUUACCAUUAACGCAGACAAUUAAUAUAACAAUAUUGAAUUCACAAUUGCCGAUGAAGGAGUAGGGAUAACCUCUGAAAAGUUAAACCAAAUUCAGAAUGUCUUAAAAGAUCAUCACACUUCGACUUAAGAUUGGAAUGGCUUUGGAUUGAUUUUGUCUCAAAUGCUAUUACGAUACUUGGGACCUCUUCAAAAUAAUGAUCUUAUUAUUAAUUCUUUGGGUUUGGGUUUAGGAACCACUGUACAAUUUAGAAUUUCAAAUCAUGUCAAUAUUUAUGAUUAUUAUGUAAAAACAAGAAAAAAUUUAAAGACACAUAAUCAAAUAUUGACAUUGCCUGAUUUAGAUGAAUAUAAUGGAUUGUUAAUUACAAUUAAAAGUUAAACAGAAAGCAAGUAAAUUUUAAAUAAGUCAUUAACAUCAUAUACUGCUAUUGAUGAAUUCAUGAAGAUUCCUGAUGCAUAAAAUCAUUUGGUUUCUGAGUUAAAUCAAUUAUAUACGAAUGGAUGGAUUGAUAAGACCAAAAAUUUUAAAAUUCAAAAAUCACAAGAAUAGAAAUACUAAAAAUGUAACUGCAGAACCAUUCUUUCAGUUGAUGAUGAAAUAUUUAAUUAGUAAUCCUUAACUUGUAUAUUGCAAAAAUUCAAUUUUGAAAUUGAAACCGCUUAUAAUGGUUAAUAAGCAAUUAAAAUGAUUGAGUAAAAAAAGUCAUGCGGUUAACUUUGCCGUAAAUAUUUACUAAUUUUAAUGGAUUGUCAAAUGCCUGUCUUAGAUGGAUGGUAAACCACGAGAAUACUUAAAUAAAAGUUUUAAUAAGGGCAACUUAAACCAAUUCCUAUAGUGGGGUUUACAGCUUUUACUAGUAAGUCAGAUCUUGAACAAUGCAAGCAAGUUGGCAUGAUAGAAGUAUUGAAUAAACCCCUAUAAGUAAAGAAACUCAAAUGUAUAAUGGAGAAACUAAAGUUAUUAUGA